AUGAGCCAGAUAAUAACGGGUUCAAUCAUUGGUUUGACGAACCACGUAAUCGACACCACCUUCCUCAUAUGCACGUAUCACUUCUGCGCUCAGCUGGAAAUUCUUCAUAAUGAAUUGAUGGCUUUUGAUUACAACGAUCAUUCAGUUGGGCGCAGCUACCUGGUUAGCCUUAUCCAAAGGCAUCAGGCAGAAAUCAGGAGCGCCGAACCGUUGCAGUCGAUGUUCAGCCAAAUAAGCCUGCAACAGAUUUUGUUUAGCUGCAUAAUGAUCUGCGUGACCGGUUUCAAGCUGAUUGUCUCAUUGAAUAAUCAAGAUGCCGAAGUUGCAAUGUAUUUGGUGUGUUUAGUUCUUACCCUUCUACAAACACUUUGUUACUGUGAGCCGGGCAAUCAAUUAAUUGUUCAGUCCGCAUGGGUCAAGAUGGAUAAAAAUAUAAUUAAAAUUCUCAUCUUUAUGAUUCAAAGGAGCCAAAAACCACUUGCUAUCACUGCUGGUUCAAUCUAUGAACUCUCGCUGCAGAAUUUCAUGCAGAUAGUAAAAGCGUCGAUGUCCGGUUUAUCAAUGCUCCAAGCAGUCUACAAUCGUAAAGAGAAUUAA